AUGAGCAACACGUCGUCUACCAACGGCCAGCAGCUCCACAGCAGCAGCAGCAGCUCGACUCAAGAGGUCGCCGAGUCACUGCGGUGUCAGUACUCGAGCAAACGCUGCGAGAACGAGCGCACGCACAAGAAGAGCGGCGGUCUCCACAAGUUCUGCGCCAUGCACCGUGAGAAGGCCAACCGCAAUCAGAUGCGCUUGGACCAUCGACGUCGCGUGCUAAAGCAGCAACAGAAGGAGCUCCAGCGCCAGCGACUGGCUCAGCAGAUCCAGGCCCAACAGCAAUUGUACCGUCGCCGGUCUAGUGCGUUGUUCGCAGCUGGCCGGACGGGGUUUUAUCCCGACCCGACCGACCAGAUGCAGCCGGGUCCUUUUGAUCGUACCAAGGUCUUGUCAUCCCCGUGUAAUACUAUGACGGGUUCAAUAAACUUGCCCGUGCCCGUGGCGUCUCCUCCAAUGGAGAUGCAGCCGCCACAAGUGUCCCAAGAGUCGUCGUCCUCGGCUCUUCCACUGUUCGACCAGCACGAUUUGAGCAUUUUAGAGGCGAUGCUGUUUAGCAGUGACGAGGAGCAAAACGGCGACGCGUCGCCGAUGGCACAUCACAGUAGUGCGUCACGAUUAGAUCGCUCGCCCUCGUUCGUCAAUGUUUAA